AAACCCAAAAGAAGAAAGAAAAAAAACGCUUACACAUAGAGGAUGCAGAUUUAUCUAUGUUUCUUCGUGUUAAUCUUGUUCUUCCUCAAAUUUCUUAGGGUUUGUGAAAUUUCCAGUUACUCUCCAAUUCUUCACGCUCCUCGUUCUCACCACAAUUCUACUACAGGAUUUUGAAUUUAUGCUUUUCCUUUUGACGGAUUCACCAUUGUUUCAACACAAAAAUUUUCCUGUUUCAAUCCAUGCAGUAGAACUUCACAAUUCAUCACGAUAGGAUUGGUGCUUUCCAGCUAUUUAUGAAGUUUUACAAACUCUAUCCAUCUUUCAAUUCAUAAGUAAACUUCUUAUCAAAGGAAGACAAAUCUGAGACAUUAUUACUCAUUGCCUUUUGCAUGAGGUUAAAGUUAAUGAUGGGGACUGAGCUUAUGAGAAUAAGUGUAAAAGAUGAUAAUGAUGACUAUCCAUCAGUCCCACCAGGUUUUGAAUCAUAUACAUCUUUCUCACUGAAGAGAGUAGAAGGCAAUGAGAAACAAGAUGAUAAGAAUAUGACCAGUUGUUCAGCCUCUACAAGUGCUUCUGAACCUCAGUCAACUCAGGUGGAAAAUGAUGGUCAAGUUGGUGGUACUAAAAAGAUUUCCAGAUCCCUUCGACGAAGACCUUGGAUUAACCAUGGACAUUAUGAGAACAAUUCAGAGGAAGACUCUGAUUGUGAGCGGCUUGAUCAAAGUUUAUCCUCAAGACCUUGUCUUCCUAAGGGAGUUAUCCGUGGAUGUCCAGAUUGCAGUAAUUGCCAAAAGGUUGUUGCCGGAUGGCGACCAGAAGAUCCUCAUAGGCCAAAUCUCGAUGAUGCUCCUGUUUUCUAUCCCACUGAAGAGGAGUUUCAAGAUACUUUGAAAUAUAUAUCAAGCAUUCGCUCCAAAGCUGAACCUUAUGGAAUUUGUCGCAUUGUUCCCCCGUCGUCUUGGAGACCCCCUUGUCCUCUCAAGGAACAAAGCAUAUGGGAGGGCUCUAAAUUCGCUACCCGUGUUCAGAGGAUUGACAAACUUCAGAAUCGUGGGUCGGGUAGAAAAAUGCCAAAGAUUCAAAGUAAUAUGAAACGGAAAAGAAGAAGAUGCACAAGAAUGGGAGUGGAUAAUGGCACUAAAACAGGACCUAAUGAGGUAUUUUGUGAAGCUGAAAGGUUUGGGUUUGAACCUGGUCCAGAAUUUACGCUGGAAACAUUUCAGAGAUAUGCAGAUGAUUUCAAGAUCAAAUACUUCAGAAAUGAAAAUCUAUCUCAGUUGGGUGCUAAUACUACAAUUUUAAAUGGUAACUCGGAGCCGUCUGUCGAGAACAUUGAGGGUGAAUAUUGGCGGAUGGUCGAGAGUCCUACUGAAGAAAUUGAGGUGCUUUACGGAGCUGAUCUGGAAACUGGGGUUUUUGGCAGUGGUUUUCCUAGCAAGUCUACUUACGUUGGUUCUGCUUCACAUGAACAGUACAUAACAUCUGGCUGGAAUUUAAAUAACUUUGCAAGGCUACCUGGAUCUCUUCUCUCUUAUGAAACCAGUGAUAUAUCUGGUGUUCUGGUGCCAUGGUUGUAUAUAGGAAUGUGUUUUUCCUCUUUUUGUUGGCAUGUGGAAGAUCACCAUUUAUAUUCAUUGAAUUACAUGCAUUGGGGUGCUCCAAAAAUGUGGUAUGGCGUCCCUGGAAAAGAUGCUUGCAAACUGGAAGAGGCCAUGAGAAAGCAUUUACCAGAACUUUUUGAAAGCCAACCUGAUUUGCUUCAUAAGCUGGUCACUCAGCUUUCUCCUUCUAUUCUUAAGUCUAAAGGAGUACCAGUUUAUAGAUGUGUUCAAAACCCUGGGGAAUUUGUUCUGACAUUUCCGCGAGCCUACCACUCUGGGUUCAAUUGCGGCUUCAACUGUGCUGAGGCUGUUAAUGUAGCUCCAGUUGACUGGCUACCCCAUGGGCAUAUUGCUAUAGAUCUGUAUCGGGAGCAAGGGCGUAAGACUUCUAUAUCCCAUGAUAAGCUGUUGCUUGGGGCUUCUAGGGAUGCAGUACAAGCCCAAUGGGAGCUCAAUUUGCUGAAGAAAAACACUUCGUGUAAUCUACAAUGGAAAGGUUUUUGUGGAAAGGAUGGCCUGCUGGCAAAAGCACUCAAGACACGUGUUGGGGUGGAAAAAGUAAAAAGGGAAUUUCUCUGCGGUUCUUCGCGAGCAUUAAAAAUGGAGAGUAGUUUUGAUGCUAUAAGUGAAAGGGAAUGCAGCAUUUGCUUUUUUGAUUUACACCUAUCUGCAGCUGGUUGUCGCUGUUCCCCUGAUAGAUAUGCUUGCUUGGAUCAUGCAAAGCAUUUAUGUUCUUGCUCUUUGGAUUCUAAAUUUUUCCUCUUCCGCUAUGAUAUUAGUGAGCUAAAUAUUCUUGUUGAAGCAUUGGAAGGAAAGUUAAGUGCAGUGUACAGAUGGGCAAAAUUAGAUCUUGGGCUGGCACUAACUUCUUAUGUCUCAGCAGACAAGGAAACAAUACUUAAGGAAUGGAGAUUUCAUUCAUCCAACUCAUCUUCCAGGGCCAGUGCGAAUAAAGAGGUGACUUUGGAUCCAUCAAAGAAAUUUACUAAAGAUUCUCAAUUGAUAAUUGUUCCAAUAAAGGAUAAAGCAAAUUCAGCAAAUAGCAAGGAUCGGAGCUAUCUUCAACAAAGGAAACCAGUAGUACUUGCCUUGUCUCCUUAUAGUCACAUGAAAGAAAAGUUAACUUUCAAUAGCUCAAAACCUGCAUGUGAGAUGGAUAAUAGUGAGAUCUGUGUUAAUAAAGGAGAGUCUGUGAGUUGCGGAUCCAAUCCAACUACUGUUUGUGAAUUGUCUCAAGAGGAUUCAUCAUAUGCUUUAUCUCUGUCUCAAGCUCAACAUGGAGGUGAGAAAAGUUCACUUUACAAACGUAACAGUAUUAUACUUAGUGAUGACAAAGAUGUUGAAAUGAAGAUGCUGGAUUCAGAUAGAAGGAAGGAACUUCCUCAUAUGCUUGCAGGUUCUAGAAAUAAAGCCAGUCCAUGUAACAAUGAAGAUACAAACUUGACCCUCGCAGUGACAGAUGUAGUCAGGAGUGAAAAGGACACUAUUACAUUGCCCUGUGAAGAUAUGAGUUCAGGUUCAACUCAGCUUUUGCAUGUGAAACAAGAAUCUCUUGAACGGAGAGAAGGGCCAGGUCCAGCUUCUACGCCAGUAGAUCUUUCUUUUCAUAUAGGCCUUACUAGUGCAGAAUCAGUUAGAAAUAUUCCAGCUUCUUCAACAGCAGGGGGUAGCAAUCAUUGUUUGGAAAGUUUGGAUAUUUGUCCUAACAGACAACAUUCUGGCACUGCCAAGGUGAAGAAUGAGGAUAAUGAAGAAAAGUUUGGAGGAUGUGCCACUUCUAAUGUAGCAGAUAAUGCAAGAGCUGUUAAUGAAAAUGUCUCUUGCAGUGUAAACAACCACCGUCAGAAAGGUCCUCGUAUUGCAAAGGUUGUACGGCGUAUCAACUGCAAUGUCGAACCUUUGGAGUUUGGAGUUGUGCUUUCUGGAAAGUCUUGGUGCAGCAGUAAGGCUAUAUUUCCAAAAGGGUUUAGAAGCCGUGUUAGAUACAUAAAUAUCGUAGAUCCAUCGAGUAUGUGUUACUAUAUUUCAGAAAUUCUUGAUGCUGGACGUGGUUGGCCUCUAUUUAUGGUUUCCUUGGAAAGUUGUCCAAAUGAGGUCUUCUUUCAUGUAUCAGCUAUAAGAUGCUGGGAACUGGUAAGAGACAGAGUGAAUCAAGAGAUCACAAAGCAACAUAAACUUGGAAGAAAGGGUCUUCCUCCUUUACAGCCUCCAGGCAGCCUUGAUGGUUUUGCGAUGUUUGGCUUUUCUUCACCAGCAAUAGUUCAGGCUAUUGAGGCACUGGAUCAAAGUCGAGUUUGUAACGAAUAUUGGGAUUCCCGGCCCUACUCCCGGCCUCAAGGGCAGAUUUCACAAGCUUGCCAAACCAAUUCAAAUGGUGGAAAUGACCAAGGGCUUCACGCGCCCGUUGAAGCUGCUGCAGUGCUAAGGAGCCUGUUUAAAAAGGCCAAUGCAGAAGAAUUGAAUUCUUUGUACAGCAUUCUUACUGACAAUAAGCUAGCCGCUGACCGGACCCUAAUUGCACAACUUCUCAAUGAAGAGAUUCACAAAUCCCGACAGCCCUAGGUGAUUGAUUAUUUGGAUGAAAUUGUUCAUACCCCUAACCUUUUCUUUACAUGUAAAUUGUAGUUUCUCAGAGGUUGCACAUGCAAUUUCAUGCAACCUUAAUCUUUGGGGUUUUCACCUGAAUGGAGGUUAUAGAGAAAGGAGAAAAAUAAAAUAAAUAUAGAAAGAAGGGAAAAGAAAACCUACUUCCCUUCAAAAUUUUUGCUUAUUUUAAGACUUAAAUUUAGAGGGAGCGGGGAUAGAAAGUUAUCAAGUGUCACUUAGGCCCUCGUUUGAAACUCUGAGAGGAUUCCAGCCCUUAUAAAUUGAUUUCGGUUAAUACUUUGUACACAGUGUUUGAAACAGCAAUUAGGUGAGUGUUUAGAUUUGAUUAAUUGCUUUAGGAAAUAGCUCUUUACUCAAA